AUGAGCGGGGCAGGGGCGGCGGCCGCGGUUCUGGGGAAGAGCGAGAAGCUGGACGAGGCGCAGGCGUUGGCCCGCAGCUGCGCCGGCAGACCCGACUUCCAGCCUUGCGACGGGCUGUCGCUGUGCACCACCCACAGCCACGGGCGCUGCUUCCGCCUGCACUGGUGCUGCCACCUGGGCUGGUGCCACUGUAAAUAUGUUUAUCAGCCUAUGACUCCAGUAGAACUGCUUCCAAGCACCGAAAUACCCAUUCAGCCUCGGGGAACCACAAACACCAUUCAGAUAUCUGUCUCGCUCACGGAACACUUUUUGAAAUUUGCGCCAGUCUUCCAGCCACCAUUAACCCCAGAUUCCCCGCGAUUCUGCACAAUCUCAGACCUCUUUAUUGACAAUUACCGUGUGAAAUGCAUCAACGGGAAGAUGUGUUAUGUGCAGAGGCAGCCUCCUGCUCUAUCCCAUAAAAUGAAGCCUCAGGAGGCCCCCGCGCGCAAUGCCUUAAUUUUGAGAGAGAAUAAUACACCAAAAAUAGAUCAUUGCUCUUCUCCCUCCAGCUCUGAGGAUUCUGGGAUCAAUGCAGUUGGGGCUCACUAUAUGGAGUCAUGUGAUGAGGACACAGAGGAAGGGGCAGAGCUAAGUUCAGAAGAAGAUUAUAGUCCAGACAGUAGCUGGGAACCAGAUGAGUGUCCCCUCCUAUCACCCUCACAGUGCGAACUAGAAGUGAUUGAAACCAUAGAAACCACAGUGUGAAAUGCUGAGCUGGGAGCUAGCUAGGUAUACUUAAAAUAAUACUGGUUUUCUAGCAUUUAUACUGGCUUUUCCCCUCCUCACAGGUCCUUUAUUUCCUGUCCCACACCAAGUGACAGUAUUAGGCUCUUCUGAAUCAGUUGCUUGAUCCUAACUCUACUCAUUUAAUUUCCAAGAAUCCCUUCUUGUAUAUUCUGAAAAUUGUCAGAUUCUACAGAUUUCCUAAUAGCGGAAUGUGCCUGAUCUCAAUAAGGGGCACAUAAUCUGCAGAGAUUAGAUCCAACUGUGAAAUAAACUGCUUUCAGAUUAUUUUUUGGAACAAGGAUUCAACCUUUCAUACCCUUGCAAAACAACAUCGGUUGGUCAAGCUAUAGACAUGGGAAGCAGAGCUGACUUUACCAAAAGGUCUUCUUUAUCCACUUUGAUUUGUCAAGGAGGAGACCAAGAUCCAUGCUUCUCUCGUCUCAGGCUGUGACAUUGGUGCACCCCUUUCUAAAUUACCUAUGUAUAGCAUCCUUUUGGGGGCAGCUGUAGAGCAAAGCAUGGUGUUUCCCUAAUAAGCACAAUGCACCUUGCUAAUCAGAACUCUAGUUCCAGUGCAAGAAAAUUACAGCUACACUUGAACUGAAAUCCUAUGCAGGGAGGGUUGUUAACACUGCCAGUGGACCAGGUUAUAUUGAGCAACAUUCAGACAUGUUUGUUUAUCAUCACAAGAACAAGCCCAGGGCUUUGUGCACAGCUGAGAAAUUGAAGACUUCUGGGUUUGCUGUAAACCAUAGUAUGUCACUGAAUCCUCACCAUCUUAACCCUAUUCAUGGUACAGCAAACAUGCAUACAUCCUGCACAUACAUGUGUAUAUCUGUUUGUAAGAAAGAGCCAGUGCACAUACUUUAAAAAUAAAAUUGGGGACCAAUACCUGGAUAUAAAUGAGAAGGUCAAAUCACACAUUCAGGUGCAUGGGUGUCGACUGUAAUAUAAAUCAAUGCCUAUAACAAUGAAAAAUUAAGCGUGUGACAUAUGAAGAGAGCUAGGAUAAUACUGGUGUGCAGGGAGGAAACAAGUGACAGUUUGUGUUUAGGACAUAAAGACAAAAGUGUUCAUUGCGUACCUGGAAGCUUUUGGUUUCUAAGCUGUGUUUGAGAGAUUGGGGGGGGGGGGAGCACGUGAACUUCCAAGGCUCAUUCUCAUAAAUGUGGCCGGAUACAAGAAAGGUUGGCACUGUCAUUCUAGAUGUGGAAGCAUUUAAUCAAAGAGCACUUGAAAAGGAAGUGGCUAAUUGGUCUAACCUUUUCCUUCUUGCACCAGGUCCCUCUUUAACAAUUUCAUCUCAUUAACUGACAUAAAACAGAUGAAAAAUAUACUGUGGUCAGGAAAGUCUUUUGAACCCCCUGGUGUAUUUGUGCCUCAAUUUGCAUUGUACACAGUCAGGUUUGGGGAAUGAUUCCCUGCUAAUCAGUGUACACUUGGUGCCCUUUAAGUGACAUGUUCUGUCUUGGAAAAUUGGAGUAGUUUGCCAGUCAUGUGCCAUUGGAUGACACAAGCUCUUCCCCCAACAGUAUGCCAUGACAAACUCAUUGCGAGUUUUAUGAUUCAGCUUUGUAUGAGAUGUUCUUUUAAACUGGGAUGUUUUCUUGUAACAUUAGGGCUUCUAAUAGUAAACACAGCCCUUUUAAAAUACUUUUGAUUAGUUCAUUUUCCAUAAGACUUGGUGAGGAUGAGGACAUAUAAAUAUGUACAGUUGUAGCUCUCAGUACUAGAUUAUCUUAUGCUGUGAUGUAGAAUGCUGCUCUCCAGCACUGUCCUAACACAUUACUAAUUUUUCUUAAACUCUGACAUAGGCACCUUUUAGAAAGCAUUUAGAUUACAAUGUGUUAUGAAUUACUAUAUAAACUAAUACUCUACUUAAAAUAUUUUUUAAAAUGCCCUGAGAAGAAAAACGAAAUAUUUAUCAUUCUGAAGAAUUAUAUUAAAAUGGAUUUUCUAGCAAAUAGCUAAGAAACUUGUUUCUGGCCUCACAACAAGUAUAAUAAUUUCUCAGCACUUGUGGAGAUGGAGGCCAUUGUGCUAAUGGCCUGUUACACAGAGAGAGAGAGAGACUUCAGAUUCUGUGCCCGCUAUAUGCACCGUUCUUUUUUCUCCAGUGUAUCUAUUCUGCAGCUACAACCAAAAGCUGCAGUUUUUCUUAAUCAGGGUGGGAACGUCACUUGUGACAUGUGGGGGGUGGUGUCCAAUUUUUUUUUUUUUAAAAUCACGCAAUUGCCCUAUUGCAGCUGUGCAGUAGUGUCAAGUGAGCAUCUUCCACUUAAAUCCUCAUGGGUCAGUUCCUUCAAUGAAAGGGCACAGGAAGGCAGGCAAAGGUACAAAAAAAAAAUCCUGAAACUGACCAAACAUUUUUUUUUUGAAACUGACUAGAGCAGCUGCAAAGCUCCCUUUUCUUAUUGCCAAGCUCUACUGGAUUCUCUGUUGUGUUAUCAGCCACUGUGAAAAAUGAGAGUCACCACCCUCCACCAUCCCCCUCUUUCUUUGCCACACAAGCGCCCUUGUGAAUUGUUUUUUUAAAAUUAUUUUCCAUGUGGGUUUAAUUUUUUUAAUAAGCGGUACAAGACUAGCAAUAAAACAUUAAUUUAAAUCCACCAUAUGUGAGUGCACAGUAAUGCCAGAUCUACAUGCACUCAUGGGCAGGAGACUGGAGAAAGAGAAGGGAGAAGAAGGUUAAUGGGGGGCAGGAGAGAGAAACCCCCCAGCGUGACAUCCCAGUUGAUUUCCAGAAAGGAGCUUGGAGGCAUUUCCCCACUUGCUGGAUCCAAAUUCCGUAAAUCCAGUUUGCUGCAAGAACAAAAGGAGUGAGCUCAUGGCCAAAGCACUCAGAAGGCUUGCUGGGUAUUUUGGGAUACUUGGCUGGCUGGGUUAAAGCUUUCUUUCCAUUUCUCCCACUGUCACCAGCUGGGCAUUGGCAGUGGCUGUGGUGCUUGCUGCUGGGCUUGAUUGGUGCCACACAAUGCUGGUCUCUCUUGCAAAGAGGCUUCUCGGAGAGCUGCCAGAGAAGCACGUUUUUUCCUUGUCAUUUCUUUCCCACCCAGCAAUCAGAGACUAGCGAUAGUCUCAUAUCACUAGACUAAUGCCGCUUGUAAAAAACAUUAAAAACAAUGAGGGAAAAAGUAAUCGAUGAAGCUUGUACACCAAUGAAUGGUGGAAGGUACAAAGUGGGCAGAAUGACCUUGAUGUCGGUGGGGAAGUGACCUUCAAGGGGCAGCAAAGGGGUGGGGGCGGAAUCCAAGUGAAUCGGUGUGCUUUUGAAUUACCUUUGGCUUGGAAGUGACAUCGGCACAAAACCACUCUCAGAAAA